AUGGACUUUGGUGGUAUCCUCCUGCACCUGGAGGCCAGAUCCAUGGCGACAGUCCUCAUCGCAGGACUUUUGGUGUAUUGGGUCGGCUCUGCCAUUUUCCUCGCAGUCGUACACCCUCUGGCUAAGUUUCCCGGUCCAAAACUCGCAGCUGCCUCUGACUGGUGGUUGGUUUACCAUGAGUGGUUCUUGGGGAAGUCUCUGACGGAUAUUUUGUUUGACUUGCAUCAAAAUUAUGGUACGAUAAAUGUUCCGUAUGGGGGAUUACAGGACCUGUGGUUAGAUAUGGACCGUAUCGCGUAUGUUGUACAAUCCUUGACAUGGGAGUCAGCAUUAGAGGCUAAUUCACUUGUAAAGCUGCAUUUUUCCUCAAUGCAGGCUUACUCGGAUAUCUACAACGUGAAAUCCAAAUGGGACAAGGACCCUGAAGUAUACAAAGCGAUAGUGGAUACAUCCUCCGCGUUCGGGCUAAGAAACUACCAUGAAGCCAAAGAACGACGGGAUCUGAUCUGGCCGUUCUACUCGCGACAAAGCGUUCAAAGAAUGCAGAAGGCCAUCAAUCGACAGAUAGGCUAUAGAGAACUAUUUAGGACAAGAACUUUCUUGGUAGACCAGCUUGACAAACAGAACCAGGAAGGGAAGUUGUCGAACAUGUCGAUGGCUUUCCGCUGUUUAGCCCAAGACAUAAUGGCGGAUAUAUGCCUGGGGAAAUCCUUUGGUACUCUUGAAGAGAGAGAUUUUGGGUCGCCAUUAAUCCACGCCUUAGAUGAGGGUCUCGAAAGUUACGUCCUUAUGAAAAGUUUCCCAACACUGAGAAACAUCCUCUACUCCAUCUCUGCAAUGGUUACUCUUCCAGGAGAAGCUGAAUUUGCCACUUACGGAACGAUCGUGGCAGACCAUGUUACUCGAGGGAUUCAGCAACCUGAUACUAUUCCGCCUAACACUAUGCUAGGCUUCCUGGUACCAACAUCGUCAAACACCGCAAAGGAGGCGCCACAGCCGAAGCUGAGUCAAGGCCAUAUGACUGAGGAGCUUCAGACGUUUGUUAUUGGAGCCGGCGAAACAGUAGCCAGCGCGAUGGUCCAAGGUCUAAGCGGCAUCCUACAGAGCCCUGACCUCUACAAAAACGUGUACGAGGAAAUUGUCCAAGUUUGGCCGGAAACGGAUGGACCGGUUCCCCCAAUCGAAGUGCUAGAAAAAUUACCGCUGUUGACGGCCGUGAUCAAAGAGGCUCUUCGACUAACGCAUGGUGUUGUGACGCCUCUGGCCCGGGUCAUUUCGGCUGGUGGUGCUUGCAUUGAUGGGCAUCAUGUCCCUGGUGGGACAAGCGUUGGAACAUCGCAUGUUUUCAUCCACAUGUCAUCGGACUAUUACGAUGCACCUGACGAGUUUCGGCCCGAACGAUGGUUAGGAAGUUCCUCAGAUAAACACCUGGUUGCCUUCUCCAAGGGCCCUCGCGGGUGCAUGGGGAUCAACCUGGCCUGGUGUCAACUCUAUCUUGUCUUGGCCACUCUGGUCAGGACUGUCCAGAUGGAAUACCCUGCGGAUCUAAAUGACAUCAAGAUCAAGUGGAAAGACUGUUUUCAGCCGCUGUACUACGGAAGACCACUCCAGGUACGAUGUACUCGUGCGGAGGGGCAUUCCUAA